CACACACACACACACACACACACACACACACACACACUGACUCCGGCAGCUCUGCUCCCUUAAUAAGCAUCCUAUGCUCUUCUGCUCAAGAUGGCGGUGCAGGCAGCGGAAAAAGACGGAAUAGUGUUGAAGAAUGUGGAGGACGACCACCUGAACGACUCGCUGAGGAACCCCGGCCUCAUCUCACCUGACAAGGAAAUCUCCCGCCUGCUGACGGUGCCGUUCAGUGGACGCAUCCGGGGAGGCAUGCGGCCGGGGAAGAAGAUUAUAGUGAUGGGCAUAGUCGAACUGGAGCCAGAGAGCUUUGACGUGAGCCUGACCUGUGGUCGUGACUCGGAGAAGGACGACACUCUGCACGACGUGGCCCUCAAACUCACCGCCCGCUUCAAUGACCGUCAGUUCAUGCGCAGCGCCCGCAUCGCUGGGAAGUGGACCGCGGAGGAGGCGUCCACCGACUACUUUCCCUUCAUCCCCGAUCAGCCUUUUAGGAUUGAGAUCCACUGCGAGCACCAGAGGUUCCGGAUAUUCGUGGACGGACACCAGCUCUUUGACUUUUAUCACAAAGUGAAAUCGUUCACCUCCAUCGACACGGUACAGAUACAAGGAGAUCUACAGAUCACCAAGCUCGGUUAACAUCUCGCUCUUCCUGCUCUGCAACUCGGUGUGUGAAGCAAGGACUAGUCCAGAGAUGAAUCCACACACGCAUACACACACAUGUGCGCCUGUUACGUCAUCAUCCAUAACCCAUCAUGCAACACUGCAACAACUGGAAAAAUGGCUCCCACUUUGAUAAGUUAGACAUCUUCAUUCUCUCCUUCCUAUUGAACCAGGAUCUGAUGCUUUUUAGGGUAAAUGUGUUUUCUCCUCAUAGCCCCAGUUUCUUCAGAUCAGGGACCUCAUGGUUUAUUAAUGGCGCAUUCAUUUUUUAUGUUGAGUCCUAUAAGGAUGCUGAGGUAGACGCAGGUCUGGAGUGCUUUCAAGGAUGCAGCUUCUCAGGAAAACAUCUGUCUCAGUCUGAGCAGCUCAUAUUUUAUUUCUGAAACUGUAAGACUCUUCCAAACCCACUUAGGGUUAUCUGGAAUAUGCAUUUUUAUCAAGUUGGAAAGAAAGUCACUGGUUAUAGAAUUUCUAUGCAGUAAAAUUAUACAGUACUGGACCUGAGCAGUGUUAAGAUAUUCUUGAUAAAUUCCCACAAGGGCUUAAACAUGAUUUUCUUAUGAGAUACAACUGCUUUAAAGCAAAUAUUGUGUCAGAUUUGACACUUUCUCAGAUUUGAAAUCCCUCCAGUUGUGUUUAUUGGUGCGGUUUGCCACUCGAUCAUAUUUGUGCAGAUUAUUGCACCCUGUUUUUUUUUUUAGGGGAGCUGGUGUGUUUCCAACUCCGCUCCCCUGCCCUCCCCUGGGUUUAUCCCUGUUGUCACGGUAACACGCAGCAGUCUCAGCGACCUAAAUACACCAAAAUGAGGAUUAUAUCAUAGACGGGAUACGGUACAGUACAUUGCAUGUGUGUUGGUAGAUGUAGUGAUCACUGCAGCCAUCCCCCUGUAUGCUGGACAGGAAGUAGAUCCAUGACUGUUUACUUUAAAGGCAAGGAGAGAGGAGGAAACGCUUUUAAAUGAGUUUGAGAUUUCUGCUGUCACACUCAGUUAUUUCACGCAAAGCUUAUUUGAAUCAUACUCUAAACCAAUAUGCAACUAAUUCACAUUAAAGAACACACACACAGUUUAGUGGAUAUUUCAAGAAGUUGCUGUCAAAGUGUGCAGGAGUUCAACUCAACUCAAACUUCAGUCACAUUAGGAGUCCGGUGUUUUUGGAAGCAGGAGCAGACCCUGGUGGUAUUUGAAUGUAUAGUAUUCAUAUAUAGUAGCAUAGAAGAUACAUAAUAGUGAUGCACAACAUUAUAACUUACUGUCACAGUGUUUUGGUGGUAGGCCCGGUGCUGUUAUAGUCAGUCCUACAGGAUGUGUUUAAAGUGUUUCCUGAAUCGUUUCACCUCAGCGAUGUGUCCACGCUCAGACAGACAGACGCUUUAAAGCAGGAAGCAGGAUUUCAGUCUAACACAAUACUGUCUCUAUAAUCUUUCCACUCUACACUCAAGUAUUUCCCUUCACUAAGUCUUAAAGGAAGGUAUAAUAACUCCACAGUAGUAGCAGAAGUUAUCUGCAACACUCACAGUACAAUAUUAGAAGUAUCCUGUCUUAAGGUGCUUGGUUUACGCCUCCUACAGUAUCAACAUUCACUAUGACCUGUAAGGUUUUACACAAACUUAGAUAGGGUUUAUGAGAUAUAACAUAUUGCUUUACUUAUGGAUAGUAAGACUUAAAACGCAGUUAUAGGCCAUUGAUGAAAACAGCUUUUGGUCUAAACGGUCUUACAUUUUCAAUGAGAUCUGCAUGAAAAAGCUAGAAAGACAAAGCCAGCUUUAUUCUGCAGGAGGAUCAACCGAAGGGAUUUGUAUCUCUCAAGCGAUUAGCCCAAACGUUGUUCCUAUCAAUGCCUUAUAGCAGGGGUCGGCAACCUUUUUGAUAUGAAGUGCCAUUAAAACUAAUUGUUUUGAUCAGUGUGCCGACGAUCGUGAAUUGUACUCAGCACUGCACCACGGAGGAAAGCAGCAGAAAGUCACCUGGAGUUAAAGAGAGCGGGGCUGCGUUGCGUGCAUGGCUUCCUUCUGCAGGUAACGGGGAGACGCGCUCUGGCGGCGGUCUCGUUUAGGAUCCGAAAAUACAAUUUAAAUAUUUUGCACACUUAUUCCUAGUGUGCCACUGGUUACGGCACACCAACGCAUGCGUGCCAGGGGUUGCCGACCCCUGCCUUAUAGUAAUAUGAUCCGUCACACAUUGGUACAUUUCUAUUAGCCAUUAAGAAAGUCAUUAUUUACAACCUCUAAACCCCUAAAGCAGGGGUGUCAAACUCAAUUUCAUCGCGGGCCACAUUAGCAUUAAGGUCGCACUCAAAGGGCCGGUUGUAACUAUAUAAAUAUACAUUUAUAAUAUAUAUAUAAAAUAAUGUAUUGUAUUACAUUAUUACCUCUGAAUUGGAUUAUUAUCGGAUAGAAUAAUGACUUAGUAAUUAACUACGUCUGAAAGCAGAAGUCAAGGGCAAAUAAUUGCAAGUCUCUUCAGUGCGCAUGUCACAAAACGAGAUGCAUUGUGGGACAUGUAGUUUAUGGGCAACCUGUUUCUGUAAAGUGACAUGUAACCGUAUAAUAAACGUAUUAUAUUCUUUGCAAGCUCUUGCGGGGCCAAAUAAAAUGAAGUCGCGGGCCGGAUUUGGCCCCCGGGCCUUGAGUUUGACACCCCUGCCCUAAAGAUUGGUUUAUUAGAAGGUUUGAAUUAGCUUGGACCAGGUUGAAGAAGCUUGUCUUCAGAGACAGAUGUUACACUUCAUAUCAAACAGAGUUGAAUGAAGGCUCCUAAUGCUGCGUCAUGGUCCUAAUCCACUUUUUGAGCUGCUUGACUCAGCAAAAAGGCAUAGACAGUUUCACCAAGCUGCAGAGAACUACCAUUCAGGUUUUUUACACUUCAGUUUUGAUGUAACCACGCUCAUUUUGCUGCUGUGAAUAUGAAAGAAGCCAUGACAUCUGUGCAGCGCAGACUUCACUGCAAAGCAUGAUGUAAUGUUUGCCUUUGUUUACACUAAUGAAGCUUUGAUUACUGAGACUUUGAAGACACCUCUUGGUUUAACAUCUUGUUACUGUGCUAAGUGCGGCGUUUCAUACGUGCACUGAGUAUCUAUUAGCUCUUUUCAAGUAGCAAUAAGCGCAGGACUUGUUUUCUCCUGGUUAGUCAGACUGUCUUCCUCAACUUCUCGUUUUCAAACACAAACAGGAAACGAGUACAGUUUGGUAUGAGAGGGCAGUGCAGUUUAAAAGGUCAAAAUACAGUACAACAACAGAACAAAGUGUACGAAUAAUGUGUAAUUGUGUUAACCGGGUGUUUUUUUUAACUGGUGACCAUAUUUGUACUGCUAGUUUCCUGUAAUAAUGUUAAUAUACGCCAUGUAAAAGUACCAUAACUCAGCAGUGUGUUUCGUGGAUGUUCUAACAAGGUGUGUUAACGUGAAGUUGUUUCUCCUAAGGUAGGGAUUAUGGGGGAGGGAGAUGAACAAUUGCAAAGAAUCUUGAACUAAAGGGCUCUAAACAGGGAGUGUUUUUUUGUAUGCGUGUGUCCGUGUGUGUGUGAGUGCAGGGAGUGUGUUUUCUGAACAUGGCACAGUUAAUUCUGCAUUAACAACCGGUGUGUUUUCCAGCUGUGUGUGUGUGUGUGUGUGUGCGCAGUGGUGCAGGUACAUGACACGCUGGCAUGGUACGAGAGCAUACUGAGGUGGUACUGUUGCACUUUCUCUCAUAACUGCUUAAACAUUUGUGGUACAUGUGCUUAGAAAACCUCAACAUAUGAUGUGGUUCUUCCUGAAAUGUAGUAUUGAAUAUAUUAAGACCCAGUUCCUGAUCUCCUCAUGAUCCCAUGUGUUCUGUAGAUCCUGGGAAAAGAUUCUCGCUCUAAACUCCCUGAUAUAUAAAUUGUUCUUCAGCCCUUUAAAAAUGCCACGUAAAAACUGAAUGUUAUUCUCCUUCUGAUUGUAAUCUGAUGCCCAUGUGGAAAUGCUGUUAAUAUAAUAUAAGAAUUGUACCCCUUCCUAUCCAAACUUGUUUUGACCCUGUGACCCUGAUUUUUGGACUAUGGAUGUACAUAUUUUAUAACAAGGCCUCACAGGCUUAGUUUUUACAUACCGAGGAAUACCGAGCUGAGUAACCAGCAGAAGGCAUUUAGUUGUGCAUGUAAGCUAGUACCUGGCAUUUUAUAUACACGUACGAUGCAGCUAUUAUAUUUUCUAUGUGCUUUCUUAAUUUUUUUUAAUCGGCUGUUUUCGCCGUAUUCUAAAGCAGAUUUUCCUUUGGCCUGUUAACCUUUUUGCUAGUGUAGUAUUAAUGAAGAUUCCAGUUAAAUGCUAACCAAAUUACAAUAUUUGAACACCCCUGACACAACGUAUUAAAAAUCAAGCUUUUCCCAGAACUUUUCACACUCUAAAAAGUGCUAAAAACCUACGUCAUGAUGUCCAUUUCUGAGUAGAAGUAGGCUAAUGUUGCUAAUGUAUUGUGUGGUUGUAAAAUCAUGUUAUAAUUUCUAUGUAUUACCGUGUAACCAGCAGGGUUGUGUGUGGUAACGUCAUAACAAACUGUAUUGGUAACGUACAUAUGUUUUCUGUUUAUAUGAAGGCCUCUUACAAAAGUUGAGUUUUUUUAUAAUGAAAGUAUUUGAGGUCAUAUAUUACAUAUUGUACUAUGAUAUAAGGAAAUGUGUGAAACGAGUAUUGGAUCAAAUGUUAUUUUCUUUCAACUGCAAAAAAGGGUAAGAGUCAGUCUGUGUUUUCUGGGAUGUAUCAUGUCUGACGAUCAUCAGGGUGUUGAGACUUUGAUCAUCUGGAAGUCUUUCAUGUAUCAUGCACCAUGUUGGCGGUUCGAUCCACUUUCAGCUCUCUCGCCAUUAAACAUCUGAUCCAAAAAAACGGAGCACUUGUAGAUAUGAUGCAAAUUCCAGAAAUAUCCUGAUGUUAUGUAUUUGAGAAUAUGCAUUGGACCAGUGUUUACAUGAAGACGUGCACUCAACCCUUGUCAGACCUCUCUUAAUGUUUUUUUCUCUCCAUGCUUUUGUAAAAACAGCUUCUUUGCAAACCAAUAAACAUCUCGUCUUGGAAAAUGCUCUUGUG